AGAGUCAAGUGGAACAGUGACAGAUAUCCACUCGGUGAGCUGUGACAGGCAUCGACGCGUUGAGCAGUGACAGGCAUCCAUUCGUUGAGCAGUGACAGGCCUCCACACGUAGACCAGUGACAGAGAUCCACUCGUUGAGCUUUGACAGGCAUCGACGCGUUGAGCAGUGACAGGCAUCCAUUCGUUGAGCAAUGACAGGCAGCACACGCGUGGAACAGUGACAGGCAGCACACGCGUGGAGUAGUGACAGGCAGCACACGCGUGGAGUAGUGACAGGCAUCCGCGUAACAUGCAGGCAUUAGCAAACUAUGCAGCUCUUAAACAAAACAAGAAGAUCACCUUACCAACGCUUAAAGGCGUAGAAUCCGCUCCACCGUUUACAUCUGACAUCAGAACACUUCGCAGAACCGCGUUCAAAGAUGGGCACAGCAAACAUCCUCCCAGGGUUUUACCCGUGCUUUUUGUCCAUCCCGAUCGGUCUCAAAUGGACGGCUCGAAAACUCGAGGUCGUCACAAGAAGAAAUGUUCAGAUAACAUAGGCAAAUCGGGUGAACAUCAACACACGAAAGAUAAAUGUCGUUGUGAGAAAAAUAUGAGCUCUACCGGUACUAAACAAAUAGAUCCCGAGUUUGUUGAAUAUCGCGAUCCAAACAGAGUUAUUCCAAAGUGGUCUUCUUCCAAACUCCCUGCGAUCAAUUUUUCUGUUUACAAACUUUUACGGAAAAAGAUAUUUGAAGAACGAAUCAGUCCUGGCUCAAGUUUUGGCGAACUUUUAACUCUGACUGGACACCUACAACACAAAACUUCUUUCGUGAAAAUAAAUACCUGUAGAAAAUCAGAGCAUUUGGACUUUUGGCGCAAUCCAGAUUUUGUUAAGAAAAGGGA